AUGGCUGUAAAAAACUUGUGCUCAUGCUCAAGCAGCAGAGCUCGUCAGCAGCAGCUUCUAUUCUUCUGCUUGGCCCUCUCACUGCAUGUCCCUUAUCAUGCCAAUUCUCUCUCCUUCAGCUUCUACAGCUCCUUCAACCCCGAUGACUUCAGGCCGGAGGACGACGCACGGGUACUCGAUGGCAGGAUCGAGCUGCUCGGCGACGAGUUCGCAGGGCGUUCCAGGGGGCGGGCGUGGCACAAGCAGCCGGUGCAGCUCUGGGACGGCACCACCGGCGAGGCUGCAAGCUUCACCAUCCAGUCAGUGCCUGGCAAGGGCGCUGCAAGCGCCGGGCACGGUAUGACGUUCUUCCUCGCGCCGUACACGCCGGACCCGCCGCAGGAGUCCUACGACGGCUGCCUCGGCCUUUUCGAUGAGAGCGAGGUGCCUAACUACUCCAGGUUCAACGCGUCCGGCGACUCGAGCCUCGUCGACGCCGGCGUGGUGUUCGCAACAGUCGUCUACGACAACCGCACGCGCGGUCUUGAAGUCAGCCUGAUGGUAGGAAGCGCCACUUACACGUCCGUAGCCACCGUGGACUUGAGAAGCUUGCUGCCGGAGAAAGUCGCAGUGGGCUUCUCGGCGGCGACAGGCGACGAGUACUCGGCAAACCACACGGUGCUCUCGUUCUCGUUCCUCUCGACGUUGGCAACCAAGAACAGCACCGCCAUCCCUGUGACCUCGUCCACCAAGAAAACCACCCUACAAUUCAGCGCCGGAGCGGCCGCCGCUGGGUUGCUGUUUCUCCUGCUCGUCGUCACCGUGGCGGUGUUACUAGUUCAGCGAUCAAGGAGAAGUGGCAAGCAACCAUACGACGAAGAUAGGCUAACCAAGGACGGCGACGACUCCCUCGACGUCAGCGACUUCGAGUCCAGCACGGGACCCCGACCCAUCCCGUACGCCCAACUCGCGGCGGCGACGAAGGACUUCGCGGCGGAGGGGAAACUGGGGCAGGGCGGGUCGGGUUUGAUACGGUCUCUCUCCAUUUAUUUUUGGGCACUCAGCGGUUUAAAAACUCUGAGGCAAUAA